CUUAGCAAACUAAGGGCACCGUCGUCUAAGGCUGAAUCCACUCCUCUAUCGUGACGGUCCGAUGGGCAGGUUCGGUCGUGUUCCAGUUUUGGAUGUGGUACCCCUCCGUGCGAUGGUUGCCGUGGCAUCGUUGGCAAGGGCACCAUCGUCUAAGGCCAAGAAACCGAAGGAUGUGUUUCCGACUCGGAACCAGAGGAAGAGGAAGAUCCUGCUGGCUGAAGAAGAGGAGGCUGCAUAUAAGCAAGAUGUGCUUUUGGCGGAACUCCCUCAAGCCAAGCACCCGGCCUUGCAAAAGGAUGGGAAGAUCGUCCCUCUCGCCGUUGAUGAUGGUGUGGACAAGCAGUCUGAGGCUGACGUCGCAUCUCUGUCCACGGUGUUAAAAUAUGAGGGCGGAAUCUUUUCGUCCUUGCAAGAAACCGUGGACGGGUUCCACAAGGAGAUGCAAAAAACCAUGCAAGGGUUUCAUAAGGAGAAGCUGGUCAGUGCCGAGCAGGUGACAGAGCUCGAGAUGCAUGCCGUGGCGAAGUUGGAGGAGGUGAUCAAGCUGCAAGGCUUGUUGAAGGAAUCAAAAGAAUCGGCGGCUCUACUCACCAACUCAAUGGCCGAGCUCAAGGACAAACCGCUCCAAUCCGAGAGCAGAAGAGCCGAGAUGGACAUCAAAUUGGCCGAGGCCGUUUCCCUACAACGUUCUGCAAGCAGAGAGGGAACAUGCUGUUGCCGAGAAAGAGCGAGCCGUUUUCGCUUCCUCCAGUCCCCAGCCUUCAAAGAAGCUUGCAUUGAUAAGUUUGCGGAGUACUACGACAGCAGGAUUGAGACCAAGGCCGGAAUGCAAAAGCUUGGGGAUGAGGGGCCCAAGUGGCUCGAGGCCGACAUCUAUCAUGGUAUCCAGCUCAUCCUUUGGCGGACGAGGAGAGUAAAUCAUUCCUUCCCUCCCCCUGGAGUCGACAUCCGGACAUGCACGAUCCAGAUCUGAAUGUCGAGGUUGGCCCCAAUCCAGAUUACUUUGGAACGCCCCCUCAUGGAGAGGUCAACACUGCCGACGAAAAGCAUCAUCCAGACACUCUUCGUUAGUGUUUUUCCUUUGUAUUUUUGUUAUUUGCAAUCCCUUUGUACUCAAUGAAAAUACUUCUCGCUU